CCCGGACCCGGAAGCGGCUUGUGCCGGGGGGAAGGUCACUCCGGGUCUGCGACUUUUGGCCUUUGUUGUGCAAGCCUGAGCAUCUCAGCUCACGGCCCUGCGCCCGUGAAGCCUGGGGUCGCGGCGGACCUCGAAAUCCCCCAACCCGCGUCUCCAUCGGCGGACAAGGGAGUGUGACAUUUUUCAUCAUUCCAAGUCCUUCUGCCUGUGAGUGUGGUGGAAGCACGGCAUAGCCUCAAGAUGCAGGUGUGAUUGGUCCACAUAAAGUCGCCUGAGAACACAGCCCAGAGCAGGAGGAGGAAGAGGACAGUAUGGCUGCUUCUCAGGGACAGUUGACCUUCAGUGAUGUGGCCAUAGAAUUCUCUCAGGAGGAGUGGGCGUUCCUGGACCCAGCUCAGAGGAAACUGUACAUGGAUGUGAUGUUGCAGAACUACAGUAACCUGGUAUUCCUGGGCCUUACUGUGUCUAAGCCAGACCUCACUUUUUUGGAGCAAAUGGAGGAGCCCUGGGAGUUGAAGGAAGAAAAGACUGUAUCCAUCCAGCCAGCUAUAUCUUCUCAAGUCACCCAGGACUUGUUGCCAAAGUCAGGCAUAGAAGAUUCAUUCCAGAAAAUGUUCCAGAGUACACAUAAUGAAGAGAGAAGUCUCCAGUGCAAUGAAUCUUGGGAAAACAUUAAACAAGAGUCAAAUUCUGAUAACCAUCAGACAACUCAGCUUCCACAGAGAAAUGAUAAGUGUCCGAAUGUCUUUGAUAAAAGCUCAAAUAUUGUCAUACCUCAGAAUAUUCAUAGUGUAGAGAAGGCAGACAAAUGUAGUGAAUAUGCCAACUCUUUCGAUCAGUCAUUAAAUCUUACUGAACUUAAAAAUACUGAUAUUGGGGAGGAGCCUUUCAGGUGUAAUCAGUGUGUGAGAGUCCUUAGUCAAUUAUCCAAUGUAUAUAUACAUAAGAAAAUCCGUGCUAGAGAGAAGCCUUACAAAUGUAAAGAAUGUGAUAAGGUUUUUAAGUUGCAUUCCCAUGUUAUUGAACAACAGACACUUCAUACCGGAGAGAAGAUUUAUAAAUGUAGAGAUUGUGGCAAAACCUUUAACAAGUGCUUAAAACUUAAUGAAUACCAGAGGCUUCAUCCUGGAGAGAAGCCUUAUAAAUGUAGAGAAUGUGGCAAAGCCUACAAGUGGUAUUCGAGCCUUACCAGUCAUCAGAGAACUCAUUCUGGAGAGAAGCCUUAUAAAUGUAGAGUAUGUGGCAGAACCUUUAACGUGUUUUCAAGCCUGAUUCGACAUCAGAGUAUUCAUACUGGAGAUAAGCCUUAUAAAUGUAGAGAAUGUGGCAAAGCUUUUAACUGGUAUUCAAGCCUUACUCGACAUCAGAAAAUUCAUACUGGAGAGAAACCUUAUGAAUGUAGAGAAUGUGGCAAAGCCUUUAACCGGUGUUCAGACCUUACUACUCAUCAGAGACUUCAUACUGGAGAGAAGCCUUAUAAAUGUGGAGAAUGUGACAAAGCCUUUAUCCGGAGUUCAAGCCUUACCCUUCAUCAGAGAAUUCAUACUGGAGAGAAGCCUUACAAAUGUAGAGAAUGUGGCAAAGCCUUUACCCGGUGCUCAAAACUUACUGAACAUCAGAGAAUUCAUUCUGUAGGGAGGCCUUAUAAGUGUGGAGAAUGUGGCAGAACUUUUAAUGAUUGUUCAAGCCUUAUGAAACAUGAGAGAAACCAUACUAGAGAUAAGGCUUAUAAAUGUGAAGAAUGUGGCAAAUCCUUUAACUGGUAUUCAAGCCUGACUCGACAUCAAAGAACUCAUACGGGCGAGAAGCCUUAUAAAUGUAGAGAAUGUGACAAAGCUUUUUACCGGUGUUCAGACCUAACCAAUCAUUAUAGAAUUCAUACUGGAGAGAAGCCUUAUAAAUGUGGAGAAUGUGGCAAAGCCUUUAACUGGUAUUCAAGCUUUACUCAACAUCAGAGAAUUCAUCUGGAAAGAAGUUUUAUAAAUGUAGAAAAUAUGGCAAGACCUUUACCCAGUGCUCAGAACUUACUUAACUUCAGAGAAUUCACACUGGAGGAAGGCCUUAUAAAUGUAGAGAAUGUAGCAAACCCUUUAAGCACUGUUCAAAUGUUACCAGAUAUCAGGGGUCUCUUACUGGAGAGAAACCUUAUAAAUGUUGAGAAUGUGGCAGAUCCUUUAUCCUCUGCUUUAACCUUACCAAACAUAUGAGAAUGCAUUCCUGAGAAAAGCUUUACAAAUGUGAAGGGUGUGACAAAGCCUUUCACCUCUGCUAUAGCUUUACUCAGUGUUGGGGAAUCCAAACUGGAUAGAAGCAAUGCAAAUGUAAAUAUUGUGGAAAAACCUUUAGCUAUUGCCCAAAUCUCACUAAGUAUAUGGAAUUCACACCAGAGGGAAGUGUAGAGAAUGAGGAAAAGCCUUUCCCCCAGUGUUGGAACCUUAGUCCAUAUCCCAUAGUUCAUGCUAGACUGAAACAGUACAAAUAUAAAGAAUGUGGCAAAAUCUUUAACCAUUAAACAAACCUCGCUGAACUUAAGAGAGUUCAUAGUGGAGAGAAAUCAUGCAAAUGUCAAAAAUGCAGCAAUGCCUGUAUUUAGCAUUUAUAUCUUAAUCGAUAAAUGAGAAUUUAUACUGGAGAUAAACUUAAAAAUUUGAAAAAUAUGGCAAAUGCUUUUGUAGGACAUGCAGCCUUUCUCAAUAUCAGAGAAUGCAUACUGAAGAUAAAUUCUAUAUUUGUUAUAAAUGAAGAAAGAUUUUUAUCCAAAAUACACACUUCAGAAAACCCCACAGAAUUUACCCUUUAAAGUGACUUUAAAGAUCUAGAAAAUCUAGGAAAGUAGCUAAUCAAAAUUAAAUCUAAAGUAUCAGAAAAUUCACAGUAGAAAGUAGUAAGUCAACACUUUAAAUAUGAGUAAAUCCGAAUAGUUAUUUUAGAGAACCCCGUAAAUAAAGUUACGUGGCUUUUUAGUAGGAAUCAAAAUGCCAAGGGUAUGGAUGUUUGAAUAAAUGUAAUUGCUUACACUGUAUUUUUAUUAUUAUGACAGUAUUUGUGAUUUUUUGAAACAAAAGUAUUAAUUGGUUUAAAAUUUCAAUUCAUUUCAUGGUUUUAUGAAUGAUUGUAAUGUGUAUUUUGACCAGUGUAAUAUAGUGGGUUUGUAAUGCUCUGUUUAGACUAUGUGUGGACUUAAUAUAUUCUCCUUGAUAAAAUGAAUGAACAUAAGUGUAUUAACAGUGAUGUGUAAUGAAUGAGGUGUUAACAUGCCUUGAAUGUUAAUGUUUCCCAUCUCAUUCAUUGUUGUUGGUAGCAAUUUGUAAUGCACUGGAAUGAUAUUACUAGAAGUCCUUUAUCCAGGGAACUUUAACCUUAAAUAAUGUGUAGAGUUUCCCCAGAAUUUAUGUUUUCUUCUUUCUGUUGUACCUACAAGGACAUUAUGAUAGUUGCAGUAAAGAUCUAGUGGGAGUAUUUGUAAGAGUUUAGCUAAAAUACUUUAUGAUGUUUCUGAUUUGGCAUUUGUCUUGUGUAGCUAAGGAGCCUUGACUUGACUCUCUUUUCCCUCUAGUGCACACACUAGACACCAACUUACAGUGUCACAAGUAAAUGUGUAAGUUUUUGAUAUAACUUCUCAAGAAGCCCUUGAGCGCUAUAGUUUUGUAUACCUCAGGGUCUUUAUUUUGUAUGCCACAUAUAUAAGAUUACUGAAGAGUUUACCAAAACCUUGCUGAUUUUCAUUUGAAUAGAACAAUCUGGACCUCAAUUGAGAACCCCAGGGCACUCCACAUGGUGUUCCUAACAAAGGCAUGCAUUCUGGGUCCUUCCCCUCUCUGCCUGCAUCCUGUCUUGGCCUCCCUGUGUAGCCCCUGCAGGCGUGUUGUGUAUAUCCUCCAGGCCUAUGAGUUACAAACUGGUUUGUGCCAAUUUACCUUGUGGUCUCUGAGUUACUGCUGGUUACCAUUCAGUACCAGUGAGCUUUGCUUAACAAAUGCUAAUUUAACAAAUCUAAAAAAAGUAUGAUCAGAAGCCCUAUUUUUGGAAUUCUGCAUUAUGAUUACAUUUUAGCCUAUAUAUAUUUUCUUCACUUCCUUUUUCUGAGCCUAUAUAACAGAUUUGCAUGGUUUUGAUAUGCACUGCAUGUAAUAUGUAAGUAUAGUAACAAAGAUGUAAUUUAGGAGUAAAAGGAUUAAUGAGGAAGAAGUGGGUGUGUAUGUGUGUACACAUAUCUUUAGAAAAAAGGAUCAAAAUUAGUAAUUUAAAAAUAUUUGUUGAUUUACUAGCAAGCUAGAAAUCUUACAGGUUUAUAAUGUGAAUCAUCUUCUAUACAUUACAGUGAAUUUCUCCCAAAUCUGAUGAUUCUUGGUCUGAGAAUCUCCCACUACAGUUCUGUUUGUUUACAUUUCUGUGUCUCAUGUAAGAUCUAACAUAUGUUUUUCUUAUUCCAUAGUGGAUGAAAUAUUGCUUAUAGGUCAUGCUUGGAGAUUUUAAGAAUGGCUUUCAUUGAAUUCAAUGGUGUACAGAAAUAUCCUGAAAAUGGUAAUAAUUGGAUUAAUGAUCAUAUGAAGUUGUAGUUUGUUUAAUACACUUUAUUUCAUUCUUUCUAUUAAAGAGAAACUAUGUAAGUGAA